UAAUUUGAAAAGGCAUGUGAGAAAAAUCUGCCUCCUAUAAGAACAUGAUCGCUGGGGUCGCUUGUGUGAGAAACUCCAGUGUUCCUAAAGUUACAGUGGAAUAUAUCACACAGGUUUACAAUGCUCUGCAUCUGCUUGUGUUUGAGUGUUAUUGUCCACCUAGCAGUGCCUCAGGAUGGAGAGGAGCCAAUCACAUACACGUGCACUGAAGGUUAUGAAUUUGACAUUGAGAAACAAAGCUGCAAAGACAUAGAUGAGUGCAAGACAGUUCCAGGAGCCUGCAAAGGGGGCAUGAAAUGCAUCAACCAUUUUGGUGGAUACCUCUGCCUACCCCACAAUGCUAAGAUAAUCGUCAGUAAUGGCGAGGAUGAGCCCACUACUGCCCCACCAGUGGAACCAGGCACAGGAGGAGUUGCUGGAGAGGGCCCUCCUAUAACCGCCAUCUCUAGUGGCAAUUACCCAAUCUAUCAAAGGGCAUCACAUACAGUCCAGUGUGGUGUUGGCUUUAUGCCGGACUCUCCGAACUACUGCAGAGAUGUGAAUGAAUGCGCCACCACAAAUCCCUGCCAGCAUCAGUGCUACAAUCUGAUGGGCUCUUUCAUCUGUCAGUGUAAAGUUGGAUUUGAAUUGGCUUCAGAUAAUGUCUCCUGUCAAGAUAUUGACGAGUGUGAAUUCUCUAACUACAUGUGCCAGUUCCAGUGUGUGAAUCAGCCUGGUGGAUACCUCUGUGUGUGCCCUGAGGGAUACCAGCUCCAAGGGACGCGGAUGUGCCAAGAUAUUAACGAGUGUGAAACGACACACAACUGCAGAGAUGAUGAAAUGUGUUGGAAUUACUAUGGAGGAUUCCGUUGCUAUCCCAGAAACCCCUGCCUUGAGCCAUACGUGAAAACAGGCGAAGGUCGCUGUAGGUGCCAGUCGCCUAAUGUUUGCCGAGGACUGCCACCUGUCAUUGUCUACAAGUACAUGAGUAUCUUUUCUGAUCGCUCAGUGCCUGCGGAUAUCUUCCAGAUUCAAGCUACUAGUGUCUAUCCUAACAUGGUAAACACUUUCACGAUCAAAUCUGGCAACGAGGGAGGAGAAUUCUACCUGAGGCGUUCCAGUAAUGUAAGUGCCAUGCUGGUAAUGACCAAGCCUUUGACUGGACCAAGAGAACAUAUUGUGGAUUUGGAGAUGGUCACCCAGAGCAAUGGUUUGAAUUACCGUUCAAGUUCACUGCUGAGACUCACUAUUAUUGUGGGUCCAUAUCCUUUCUAAACCAUCUAAAUUAGCUAAAUCAGCUCCAUGGUUUUAUCUUUGUACUACAGCUUACUAUAUUUAAAGUGUUCAGCACAGCAUGGUCACCUGAUUGUGAUCUAGAUUAGUGGUUCUCAACUGGUGGGUUGCAACCCAAGAAUUGGUUGCAGGUCUCUGGAGGAGAAAACGCUUCCCAUAUACUUUGUUGCUGACGAUUUAAGGCUGUGUGUGUCUCACUUGGUUGAAGCUAGCCAAAUUAGGUAGAUGACAACAUGGACAGGUUGUGUGAUAUGCCCUCAUCCUCAAAAACCAUGAACAAAACUAUGCAAAAUUAAAGACGAUACGACCCAGUCUACAUUAAAUAUGGGUUCAUUUGCAAGUUGCCAAUAGGUGAAACUUGAUCCGCAUCGACCAAAGUGAUGUUUGUGUAGCUGCAGAGAAUAUGAAACCAUCAAAUUUCAAUGGACAUUUAGAAACCUCAUUAAAAACGUAUUUGUACUAAUAAUUUGUACAGUUAAUUUUGUAGAACAUUUUGGGACUGGGUUAGAUUGCCACUGGGUGUCCUUUGCUAAAUCUGGGUCCAGAAGCAAUACUGGUUGAGAACCACUGGUCUAGAUAGUCUAGAAAGUUGCAUAUUCAUUCCGUUUCUAAAAGGAUGUUUACCAAACAUAAAAAGUGGGUUGUCUGGAUCCACUGAAGUUUUCCAAUAAUUUGUACUAUUGAAAAUGGAAGACAAGGAUUCUUUGUCUUAGUAGUCAGAGGUUUGCAAGAUUCUGCUGCAAGGUUUUUUUUAAAGGGAUAGUUCACCCGAAAAUGAGUUCUGUCAUUAUUUACUUACCUUCAUGUUGUUUGAAACCAUGUGACUUUCUUUCUUCCAUAGAACACAAAUGAAGAAGUUUAGCAGAAUAGUCACGCUUCUCUUUUCAUAUAAUUAAAGUGAAAGGACAGGAGCUAUAUAGUGCUAUGCAAUAAACUAAAAUCAGAAUGCAUAAUUUUUUUAAACAUAAUAAUAAUAAAGUUGUUCAGAAAUGGUAAUAAUGAUGCGACCUUAUUUCAAUUGCGAUUACUUGUGCAGCCCUAGUACUGUCCAAUUCCAAAAAUGACAAAAACCACCAUAAAAGUAUAAUAAAGGUAUUCCAUACGAGUAGUUAGAUUUGAGAGCUGCGGUUGAGGGGAAGAUUUUCAGUGAAUAACACCUUAAAUGUUGGUCUGUUCCUCACACAAAGUUAUUUUGGAAGGCAUCAGAAGACAUUUGUGACACUUUUAUGGUGCUAUUUUGUCAUUUCUGAGCUUGUAAGCGGCAUUCACUCUCAACGUACAGUGUCAACAUUCUGCUCCUUUUGUUUUCAACUGAAGAAAGAAAGUCAUACAGGCUCGGAACUACAUGAAGCUAAGUAAAUGAUAACGGAAUGUUGGUAUUUGUUGAACUAACCCUUUAAAUCUGUUGAUCCAUCAAAACGUAACAUAUCUCAUUCAUGGAACCAUCUAAAUAACAGAAUGUAGCUAUCAAAAAAGCAUUCAUAGAUUCAUUACUAGGACUCCCUUUACUUCUGAGCAGGGGGAAAAUUGUUUUAUAGGUAGAACAUGUGGAUAAAGCAAACAGAGCUCUGCAGAGUCUUUGGUGGAACAGUUUGUGACGUAAUCAAAUGGCAUCUUCAGCUAAUGGAAAUAUCUGAAUGCAUCCUCCGCUUUGCAAAAAAUGACCUUUCCUAUGAGAAUAAGGCAAUAAAGUUUUGGAAACAGAAGCGAUGUUUUCAGGAAAUCACUGGCAAGGGUUUUGUGUCGCAUAAGCAAUGGAACUGUUGCCUAACAUGGCUGUAUGGUUGCCAGAGCGCCGUUUGAUCUUGUGCAGUGUUUCUCGCCAAUGAUCUGUGACAAACACUGUUACUUAAACCAUUGCAUCAUGCCCUGUACCCCAAGAGAUAUGCUCUUGGGAGAGGCCCAAAUGGUUUGAGCAUCACCACAUUGUGUGGAAUUAUUUUGGCAAAUGAUCUUCAAUGCAAUAUGGGUGAUUAAAACACAAUGUUGUCAUUUUAUAUUUUCUUAUGAUUGAUUCACUGAAUUUGAUUCACACAUGGUGAAUCCUCAAUCUUUUUUUCUCUUAUUGAGAUUAUAUUUGCUUAUACUGUUUGUUUUUUUUUUGCUCAGCGAGGUCAAGAUAUGAAUGAGACAUGUCAGUUGAUCAUAUUUUUACCUUCGAAUAGAAAUAUUCUGUAUUUUCAGUCUGCUCUUAAUUUGCACUUUUUUACGCGUGCCAUUUAUUCUGCUGUAAAAUAUUUGGAAAUAAAAGGAUUUCA